AUGAAAGAUCUAGGUAUUGCUAAGAGAAUUAUGGGAAUUGACAUCAUAAGAUCAAGACAAAAACACUUGUUCUUAUCUCAGAAAAAUUACCUUGAAAAGGUACUGAACAGGUUCAAUAUGAGGGAAUCAAAACCUGUCACAACACCUCUAGCACCCCACUUCAAGCUCUCACGGGAACAAGCACCUAAGACUGAAGAUGACAAAGAAGACAUGGACAAGAUACCCUAUGCUUCAUGUGUUGGAAGCUUAAUGUACUCUAUGGUGUGUACAAGACCCGAUUUAGCCUAUGCACUAAGUGUGGUAAGUAGAUUUAUCUCAGAUACAGGAAUUGAACAUUGGAAGGCCCUGAAAUGGAUCAUGAGAUAUGUCAAAGGUACCCUAGACCUUGGACUUAUGUAUAGUGCAAACUCAGAGUAUAGAACUGAGAUUGAAGGCUAUGUAGACUCUGAUUAUGCAGGGAGUUUGGAUACAAGAAGGUCAUUGACAGGUUAUGCAUUUACAGCAUUAGGUGGAUGCAUCGGUUGGAAAUCAAAUCUGCAAAAGGUUGUGGCACUAUCAAGUACAGAGGCAGAAUAUAUGGUUGCUACAGAGGCCAUUAAAGAAGCUAUAUGGUUGAAGGGCUUCACAGGUGAAUUGGGGUACAUUCAGAAGACAUCACAGUGCUAUGCGACAACCAAAGUGCUUUGCAUUUGA